AAAUAUCCCUUCCCGGGCCAUUUCAAGCACCCCAUCGUAGAAUAUCUUCACCUUACAGACACAGUAGAUGGAAACAAUGUCAAGAACCCAGGUUGAUAGUAAAAUACAGUAAAAUAGGAAAUGGUAAACUGAAAGUAUUUAUUACCUUUGAAUAUAAUUUUUUGGGUUAUAAAUUGGUACGAUUUGGUUUUAAAUUUUUUUUGAGAGAGAGCAAAAAUGCAAGUGGGGGAGGGGCAAAGAGAGAGGGGGAGCAGAGGAUCCCAAGCGGGCUCUGUGCUGACAGCAGAGAGCCCAGCGCAGGGCUUGAACUCAUGAACCAUGAGAUCUGGCCUGAGCCGAAGUCGGACGCUUAACCGACUGAGCCACCCAGGCACCCUGAUUUGGUCUUUAAUUUAAUGGCUGUGUUUAACAACUGGCUUGAAAAAUUCCUAAAAAUUCAGCAGGUGAAUCUUGCGUGCAGGUACAGGGCGGCUCUAGCACACCUUUGGGUCGUAGGGACCCAAGACCCCUGAGAAGGUGAUAGGAAUAAGGAUUUUCUGAGAUCUGGGGAGGAAACUGGCCCCAGAGCCCGAUCUUGCAACUCUUGUCCCUGACCCUUCCCAAGGGGCCCGGGAAGGGAGGAGUCGAGGCUGUCGAGUGGCUGAAGGGUUUGACUGGUUUGGGUGUGUCUUGUGCAGAUGGGCCGGGACCGGGAGAGUUCGGGGAAAACACUGGAGUUAGUGACUGGAGAGGGCGCUGGGCCCCUCCCCUCGCACUCUGGUUAAAAAUGAUCUUUAGUUUGAACUCUUGUUUUACUCCCACACAUUCUUUCAAAAAUUCCAAACUCCUGGGCUAUGAUUUGAAGAAGACAGGCCCCUCCUUCCCGCUUGGCAAACAGAAGGUGGAGGUCAAAGGUGUUGAUGUGGCAUCGGGAGAGGGGACAAGGCCGCCGCAGCCACUGACCUUUACCUCUCCGCUCCUUGCCCCUGCCCCGUGUCUGCUGGGAAUAGCAGACCAGUGCCACUCCCCCUGUGGUUUACCAGCAGCUACCCUGCCACCGGAGCGGGUCAGGCAUAGCUGCGGGGCUGUGCCCCACACCCGCCUCUUUCGCUUGGACAGAAACAAAGACCGGAAGCAGAUUCUGAUCCAGACCCCCAGGCCCGCCAAGUCGGUGUUCACAGCUUUGGGAGCGUUGGCAGAGCUGUUCUUCCAAAGGCACCCUGGCUGUUGGAAGAUGCUCACAGUGGCGAUGUGCAUGGCCCUCCUGGGGUGCCUGCAGGCCCAGGAGCUCCGGGGACACGUCUCCGUCAUCCUGCUGGGAGCAACCGGGGACCUGGCCAGGAAAUACUUAUGGCAGGGGCUGUUCCAGCUGUACCUGGAUGAGGUGGGGAAGGACUACAGUUUCAGCUUCCAUGGGGCUGCCCUGACGUCCACCAAGCAGGGCCAAGCGUUCAUAGCCAAGGUCCUGGAGUCCCUCUCCUGCCCGGAGGACGUGGUACCCGACCGCUGCUCCGAACUCAAGGGCCAGUUCCAGCGGCUGAGUGCGUACCGCCACCUGGCGACGAGUGAGGACUAUAUGGCCCUGAGCAAGGACAUUGAGGCACAGGUCCAACACGGGGGCCUCCGGGAGGCCGGCAGGAUCUUCUACUUCUCGGUGCCACCCUUUGCCUAUGCGGACAUUGCCCGCAACAUUAACAGCAGCUGCCGCCCGGGCCCGGGCGCCUGGCUGCGGGUUGUCCUCGAGAAGCCCUUCGGCCAUGACCACCUCUCAGCCCAGCAGCUGGCCACGGAACUCGGGGGCUUUUUCCGAGAGGAGGAGAUGUACCGGGUGGACCAUUACCUGGGCAAGCAGGCCGUGGCUCAGAUCCUGCCUUUCCGAGACCAGAACCGCAAGGCCUUGGACGGCCUCUGGAGCCGGCACCACGUGGAGCGGGUGGAGAUCAUCAUGAAGGAGACUGUGGAUGCCGAGGGCCGCACCGGCUUCUACGAGGAGUACGGCGUCAUUCGCGACGUGCUCCAGAACCACCUGACCGAGGUCCUCACCCUCGUGGCCAUGGAGCUACCCCACAACAUCAGCAGCUCAGAGUCUGUGCUCCAGCACAAGCUCCGGGCCUUCCGGGCUCUGCGGGGCCUGCAGAAGGGCAGCGCCGUCCUGGGCCAGUACCAGGCAUACAGCGAGCAGGUGCGCAGAGAGCAGCAGAAGCCGGACAGCUUCCACAGCCUGACGCCGACCUUCGCAGGCGUCCUCGUUCACAUGGACAACCUUCGCUGGGAGGGCGUCCCUUUCAUCCUGAUGUCCGGCAAAGCCUUGGAUGAGAGAGUGGGCUACGUUCGCAUCUUGUUCAGGAACCAGGCUUACUGUGUCCAGAACGACGAGCACUGGGUCGCCGACCAGAGCCAGUGCCUCCCUCGGCAGAUCGUCUUCUACAUCGGACACGGUGAGCUGGGCAGCCCUGCCGUGCUGGUCAGUCGGAACCUGUUCAGGCCCUCCCUGCCCCCCGAGAGCUGGAAGGAGCUGGGGGCCCGGCCGGGGCUCCGCCUCUUCGGCCGCCCGCUGUCCGAUUUCUAUGCCUACAGCCCCGUGAGGGAGCAGGACGCCUACUCUGUCCUCAUAUCUCGCAUCUUCCACGGCCGAAAGGACUCCUUCGUCACCACGGAGAACCUGCUGGCCUCCUGGGGCUUCUGGACCCCCCUGCUGGACAGCCUGGCCCACGAGGUCCCGCGCCUCUACCCGGGAGGCGCUGAGAACGGGCACCUGUUGGACUUCGAGUUCGGCGGCGCCCGGCUGUGCUUCUCGCAGCAGCAGCCGGAGCGGCUGGUGCCGGGCCCCGGCCCUGCACCGAUGCCCAGCGGCUUCCAGGUUCUCAAGGCCAAGUACCGAGAGAGCCCGCUGAUCUCGGCCUGGCCCGAGGAGCUGAUCGCGAAGCUGGCCGACGACAUCGAGGCCACGGCCGUGCGGGCCGUGCGGCGCUUUGGCACGUUCCACCUGGCGCUGUCCGGCGGCUCGAGCCCCGUGCCCCUGUUCCAGCAGCUGGCCACCGGGCACUACGGCUUCCCCUGGGCCCACACGCACCUGUGGCUGGUGGACGAGCGCUGCGUCCCGCUCUGGGACCCCGAGUCCAACUUCCAGCACCUGCAGACCCACCUGCUCCAGCACAUCAGGGUCCCCUACUACAACAUUCACCCCAUGCCCGUGCAUCUGCGCCAGCGGCUGUGCGCCGAGGAGGACCAGGGCGCCCAGACGUACGCCAGCGAGAUCUCGGCCCUGGUGGCCAACGGCAGCUUCGACCUGGUGCUGCUGGGCAUGGGCGCGGACGGGCACACGGCCUCCCUCUUCCCGCAGUCGCCCAGCGGCCUGGACGGCGAGCAGCUGGUCGUGCUGACCGAGAGCCCCUCCAGGCCAUUCCAGCGCAUGAGCCUCAGCCUGCCCCUCAUCAACCGCGCCAGGAAGGUGGCGGUCCUGGUCAUGGGCAGGGUGAAGCGUGAGAUCACCAUGCUGGUGAGCCGCGUGGGCCAUGAGCCCAAGAAAUGGCCCAUUUCAGGCGUCCUGCCUAGUUCCGGCCAGCUGGUUUGGUACAUGGACUAUGAGGCGUUUCUGGGAUGAGGGCCCCAGGGGCCUCUGCUCACUCCCGCUCUCGCUCUCCCCGUACUGUCCCCUCUCCCCCGUCCUGCCACCUGCCCUGGCUGCCUGGAACCCGAUGCCUCGGGGUUAGGCCGCCAGAGAGGAAAGGACGAGGCCUUAUCCCAAUCCCUUUGACGGUCCCUGUCUAGUUGUGGUGGGUAGACACAGGUGCAAGGAAGAAACGGAGUUUCUGCUCUUGAGAAGUUUCCGGUCCCGUUCAGGAGAGAAGUAUCCACCUUAAGAGCAUACCUGUGGCCUUUCCCCAUGAACACCAGCAGCACAGAACCGGGCGGGGGGGAAGGCUCCCAACUCCGGCAAGAACGCCGUGAUUAGGUUAACCCAGGAAGGCUUCCCGGAGGGGGUGAUCCUUGAGCUGGCUCCCAUGGGAACAGACUAUGGAUGGUAGAGAGAAGGGACACAGGUGUCCACCGGGUGCAGAGCCCACGCAGGGCAGGUUGCUGGGAACUGUCCGGAGACCUCGAGUUGGCCGAGUCGCCGUUUCUUCUGUCCCCUCCUCCCCUUCUUCCUGAGCCUCUGACAUUUAGCCUUCUGUUCUGGCCUCUUGGUGGCAGUCUCUCCUGCUCCCUCUGGGUUCCCUUCCUCUCGGUUCUGACUCUGAC